AUGCUUUCGGGCUUGUUCAUUGUGGAAGCAGCUCCGAAGUGGUCUCAGGUCACAUACCUCCCUGGCUUCAAUGGCACUUUCCCCUCCAAACACUAUUCUGGGUAUGUGACCAUUGAUCGGGAUCCAGCUAAACAACUAUUCUACUACUUUGUUGAGUCGGAAAGGAAUCCGCAGAAAGAUCCCCUUGUUCUAUGGCUUAAUGGUGGCCCUGGCUGCUCCAGUAUGGAUGGAUUUGUUUAUGAACAUGGACCAUUCAAUUUCGAACCAGGAAAGGUUAAGGACAACCUCCCAACGUUACAUCUCAAUCCAUACAGUUGGUCCAAGGUUUCGAACAUUAUUUAUUUGGAUUCUCCUGCUGGUGUCGGCUUCUCCUACUCCACAAGCAUAAGCGCAUACACCACUGAUGAUGUGCAAACUGCCAUUGACACACACAAUUUUCUACUUCAGUGGCUGAACCAAUACCCAGAGUUCCAAGAGAAUCCAUUUUACAUAGCAGGAGAGUCUUAUGCAGGAAUUUACGUGCCAACACUUGCUUCUGAAGUAGUGAAAGGAAUUCAAGCUGGGUCAAAGCCCAAUAUUAAUUUGAAGGGUUACAUGGUGGGAAAUGGAAUCACAGAUAACCAUUUCGAUGGCAAUGCUCUUAUACCCUUUGUGCGUGGGAUGGGCCUAAUCUCACAUGCUGAUUAUGAGAUUCUUGGCGGAUUGAACAUCUACAACAUCCUUGAACCAUGUUACCAUAACCCAGAUGCAACUGGAAAUUCAAAGCAACCACUUAGCUUCAGUGAAUUAGGGAGGACCGAUAAGCCUCUUGACAUAAGGAAACGAUUAGUUGGUCGUGCAUGGCCUCUUCGAGCACCAGUAACACUAGGCAUUGUCACACUGUGGCCUCAGUUAGUUAGUGAUAGCAAUGUCAACGUCCCAUGUGUAAAUAAUGAGGUUGCGACCAAGUGGCUAAAUGAUGCUGAAGUUAAGAAAGCAAUUCAUGCAAAGGUAAUUGGAAGCAUAGAUUGGACAUUAUGCACAGGUAGCUUAACUUACUACCAUAAUACUGGAAGUAUGAUUGAUUACCAUAAAAACCUCACUGCACUGGGAUAUAGAGCUCUUAUAUACAGUGGUGACCAUGAUAUGUGUGUGCCUUUCACGGGGACCGAAGCAUGGAUCAAAUCACUUGGACUCGAAGUUGUAGAUGAAUGGAGGUCAUGGUUGUCAGGAGGGCAAGUCGCCGGUUAUACACAAGGAUAUGAUCAAAACCUUUCAUUUCUCACUGUAAAGGGAGCAGGCCAUGCAGUUCCUCAGUACAAGCCACGAGAGGCAUUGGACUUCUAUAGUCGCUGGUUGGAAGGAAUGCCAAUAUGA